UGGGCCUGUGCAUCAGAAGGCUGACUGGGGCAGCAUCCAUGAGAAGAUAUGUCCCCUGCUAAUUCCUCUGCGUACGACCAUGCCCUUCUACAACUCAGAGGAAGAAAGGCAGCAUGGCCUGCAGCAGCUGCAGAAGCGACAGAAGCACUUGAUUGAAUUCUGCUACACUGUUGCCCAGAAGUAUCUUUUUGAAGGAAGAUAUGAAGAGGCUGUCCCUGCGGCUCUCCACUCCCUUCGAUUCCGCAUGAAUGUGUACGGCCUGAACUCAGUAGAGCUUGUGCCUGCUUACCUGCUCCUGGCUGAGGCCAGCCUUGGUCUGGGCCGGAUAGUGCAGGCUGAAGAAUACCUAUCCCAAGCCCGGUGGACAGUCCUCAAAUCAACGGACUGUAGUAAUGCUACUCAUUCUUUACUGCAUCGGAACCUGGGCCUUCUCUACAUGGCCAAGGAGAACUUCGAGGAAGCCCGUUACCAUCUGGCUAAUGAUAUUUAUUUUGCCAGUUGUGCAUUUGGAACAGAUGACAUCAGGACCUCAGGAGGCUACUUCCACCUGGCCAACAUCUUCUAUGCUCUUAGCAAAAUGGGGCUGGCAGACACAUUGUACACAAAGGUCUCGGAGAUCUGGUUUACAUAUUUGAAUGAUCACUACCAAGUCCUCUUACAGGCUCGUUCCCAACAAACAGACUUACUGGGCAAACAAUUUGUGAAUGACACUGGCCUGGAUGAAGCCCAGGAAGCAGAGGCCAUUCAGAUCCUAACUUCAAUCCUGAACAUUCGAGAAUCUUCUUCCAGCAAAGCACCCCAAAAGACUGUCUUCAUUAUGAAGACCCUGAGCAUGCUUUACUAUCUGAUGUUGGAGUGUUCAAUGGCAAAGGAAUAUGCCAAGAGAGCCCUCAGUCUAGCUAAAGAACAUCUUAGUGUGCAGGAGCAGAGGUUUAUUCAAGCGUUACUGAAAGUCAUCUCAACCGAGGAAGAGCGGUCCACCAAAUAGGGCACAGUGCUGGUGUGCCACUGGGGCUGGGGACGGACUGAGCAGUCCUCAGAGCUGCUCAGAGGUAAGCACAAGCCAUUUGUACUGUCUAGAGGAGACCACCUCCUCAAAACAAAAAAAAAAAAAAAAAAAAAAAA